AAAAAAUUAAAGUUCGACGGAACAUGUCCCAUUUGUGACAGUAGUUUCUUCCAGAAUGCUUGAUUAUUUUAUGUUUGAAACAACCUACAGUAUAUGCCUAUUAUUAGCCUCUCUAUACCAACAUUUGUAUAGACAGUACACCACGACGGCACGACCGCAUCGUUCAAGGAAGAUAAUACUAUAGUAGAUGUACGGUGAUCGUGUAUUCUGCAGACGUAGUCACUUUUUUGUGCUACAUGCAGUGCACAAUUCCGAUAGGAUGAACUUUAGGCACCAUCACUCAACGAAAACUACUGUUUAUCAGCCAGGUUCUUUUCCCAUAACGACUUUGAUAGUUUGCCGACGUAUUUGGAUUACCUAAAAGCAUCGCAGUAGUAUGGCAGAAAUCGUCAGAAUCCCGAAGGAAAUAGUUUUUCGAAAAUGGGAACCUGGGAGCAUAUACACUGAAUACAUUGUCGUCAAGAAUAUAUCUGAAUUACCAAUCCGGAUUUCAUACCAGUUGACAAUGGCUCCAGAAUUCUGCGUUCCUUUCCCCAGAACCUUUAAGCUGUUCACGGGAAACACAGUUCGAAUUCCGGUGACCUUUCGGCCAAGUAAAAUGCAACAACAUGUCGGCGGGGUUCAAUUUGUGGUAGAGGGAAAGGCAGAACGUUUUGUGAAGCUAAUCGGAAUGCUGCCAGCGAUUUCCGUGGAACUGGAAACGACUCAUGUCGCUUUUGAGCAGCAGUCGUGCUGUAGAAGAGUCGAUAGGACAGUGUCGCUUUAUAACAAAACAGAUCGGGAUAUCCAACUUAAUGCAACUGUCGCAGCUCCUUUCUACAUUUAUCCUUCUGAACACACUAUACCUGCCUUUGGAGCUGUUUCGUUGUGCAUAUCAUUCCAUGCAACGGAACCAGUGGAAUACUCUGAAAUUGCUACGUUGUCUUUUCAUGAUGGGGGAGAACAGUGUGUAAAAUUUAUGACCCUCAGAGCCAUCGGACGAACUCCAAAUCAUGCUAUUUUCCAACCAUCACCAACUAACGAUGGAGAAAUUCUAUUGGAUUUUGGUGACCUUUCUGUUGGCGAAAUUGCUGUACAAACCCUUACAGUCCGUAGCGCGCAACCGGGGAUGGUGUCAUUUGAAAUGAACAGACUACCUGAAACUCUGAUCCCAUUCCCCUACUGCUGUCAACCCAUGGGGCUCACUUCUGGAACUGUGCAGACAAAGAAAUUGGGAAAACUUUGUAUAAAUUUCAAUGGAAGGUAUGCAUGCCCAAGGAUAUGCGAGAAAUUUGUCGUUCAGUCCGGAAUGGACCAAAGCACGUACGUCAAGUGCAUUGCCAGCGUCACUGGACCUUCAGUAAUUUCGACCAAAAAACUCCUGGAUUUUGGGGAAGCAUUUGUGGGUAAAGCUAAACAAAUGACAUUUCUCCUAGAGAAUACUGGAAAGAGCCAAGCGAUUUUCCAGUUUGGCAGUGAUCCUGCGGCGAGUUUGUUUAAUCCUCGGCCGCCGAGCGGCGUGGUGUUACCGCAAAGAACUACGUCAAUAACCGUUACGUUUGUGACCAAUCGGCCUGGAGUGUUUCGCUCUACACUUUGUUGCGCAGUUUUAUUGCAAGGGUUUAUUAAAACUGAUGUAAUAGGAACUUGCCAUUCUAGCACCAUAACACCGCUGAUACUUAGUCCAUACCAUAUCCAGUUGUUCGAACAUUUGCUACCGUCACAUGAACCCCCGUUAACGCAAAGAGGGCCACAGGCUGUUAAAGAACUAGUGGACUGUGGCCUUUUGCUUCUUCCUCGACAACAAGAGGAAAAUUCCGUUCGGUCUGAAUCGGGACAGAGCACCGCAGAUGAGUUGCUGCCUUUGUCUCGUGCUAGUGGGAGUAAUCGCAGGCUACAAGAACUGGUGGAUGAAGAGAAUUCGAAUACAAUUUUUAGCAACGGAAUAACCUGCAACAAGCGCGAAAUACUUUUUGGAUAUGCUCCAAUCAAUGGUAGUGCCACCAAGACAAUAUCGAUAAAAAAUAAUACCGAAGAAACCGUUUUGUUGCAAUGGAACCCAGAUGCGCGAAGUGUAUUCCAAAUUGUCCCAGAUACGACGGAGAUUGAUCCAUUAGGAACAAUGGAGUUCAGCAUCAGAUUCACACCGGCUGCCAUUGGAACAUUUUUCGAGGCCCAUCUAGAAUGUCACGUGAUGUUCAAAGCUUUGCUAGAUUUUGGAAACAUUCGAGACUAUCAAAUGAUUCCGCCAUGGAUGUUCCGCGUCCAUGUCGCUGGUCAUUCGGCAACUCUCGAGCUCCGAGCCUUAUUGCGGCCUAAGAUCGAAAUUCAUUCAGAACUUCCCAUCAUAUUACGAGACAUAAGCAAUGAUGUCGCGUGUGAAACAAUGUUGAUCAGAAAUCCAACGGAUGAUACGGUCUUUUUCUGUUCUGGGAAAAACACCAACGAGAACUUGACCGUAUGCCCUAGAUUCGGAGUUCUGCCACCUGGCGCAACAAAGCUGUUAGUUGUCGGAGCUCGGAUUAUUCCGAAACUAAUGUUUGAAACAAAUUUGACGCUGUUGCUAAAUGACAAUGAUGAGUUGCAAGAGAUUUUUCCGGUUGUGGCGUAUAAUGAUCCUGAGGUUCGCAUACAGUUUGCAAAGGAUCUGCCCUUCCCUCCCACAACUGUUGGACUGGAGCUGCAGCUACCGUUUACUGUUUGCAAUAAAUCCAACUUUCCAGUGAGGGUAGGAUGGAUCAUGACAGAAUGUCAAGAGAAAAUUUUUGAAAUCAGCGCAAAAGACUACCUUGUUGCAGCAUCGGAAUCGAGAGCGUGCCACUUUACCUUCCGCCCGCAAAAUUUACUGUACUAUGAGGAGUCCCUCGUCUUCCGGGUGUCUCCAGUGUUUGCUGCUCAGCCAUUCGAAACACAUCUGUUGCGGGUGUCCGGAAGUGGCGCUAUUGGUCACCUUUCGUUACCGGAUACAGCUCUCUCAUUACAUCCCGUUAUUGUACGGGACACUCUUGCUUAUACGAUUCCGGUCAUGAAUCUGAAUCCGUUUCGCCUUGUGGCUUGUUUGACAUUUGACAUACAACAUCCUGAUGGUACGAAAGAAUUCGUGUCCAACAGCUUGGCCUCGGGUGAUCGCAAAAGUGAGUCACUUAGGACAAAUCAGUGUCAGUUUGAUUUAUCGGGUGGGACCCACGAACUCUGCAAUUUAUGGAUCACGCCAACACAACCCGGAACGACCACAAUUGUCGUUUCCUCGGUACCAUUACUUCCUGAAACCUUUCAGGAACACAGAAAAGUUCUAUGUGAAAUACUUGUAACCGCAUAUGAACCGAAGCUUCAAAUCAUUGAUGGUGCCGGAUUCGGUAGCCUGGGCCAUUUUGGAAAGGAUCGCCUGUGGAAUCUACUUGGUCUCGAAAGGCUAAACGAACUGCUUGAACAACCAGUAACAACCAAUGACCGCAUGGAAGCCAUUUUACAGUACAGGGCUAGCACUAUCCCACAAAUCAGUGACCAGUGUGAUGCAACUUCUAUCAAUCUCGGCACUUUCAUUGUGGAUGAAACGGCAACCGCGAAAAUUCUGUUUUACAAUCCGGGAGAAGUGCCAUGUCAAUGGCGGCUGACUUGCUUAGAAGAGUUGCUACUAACGGUUUCGAAAGACUUGAUUCUUGAUCAGCUGCCUGAGGACUACCAAAAACUUAGAAAGUCAAAACUGGUGAGAAUUUCACCCAGAAAUGGAACCUUGUCACCUGGUGCAGGAGAAAUGCUGCAGAUUGUAGUUCGCAACGAAAUUUCUGGCGAUCAUGUAUUUCCCCUGUUUCUGACCAUCGAGAAAGGGAAAAUAAUAUGUAUUCAUCUGUGUUUUUCGACAAUUUCACGACAGGAUAUUGCGUUAACGAUACAUCGAUCUUCGUUGGAUUUCGGUCCCAACGCCGUGACAGACAUACAUCCACUUGAAAAGUGCUUGGAAGUUUUCAAUCCCUCGGACAAGCCCGUAAGGUUUCGCCUGGUUCCCAAUAACUCCGAGAAAUUGCUCGCUGUAUUUUUUUACAACACUGACCAGCAGACUAUUCCUCCUCAAAAAUUGAUAUCAGUUCCUGUAUCGUUCAAGCCGCAAGAUUUAGCGAGCUAUAAGGAAACCGUUAACAUCGUUGUGGAAGCUGGUAAAGCGAUACCCGUAAGACUUUUCGGACACGGCUGUUCGCAAAACGACUACUGCGAGUAUGCAAAAAUCACAAGAGCAUCUCGACAAAUAAAAAAAGCACUCGAGCAUGGUGGCCUGUCGAUUGCCGAGUCAGAGAUCCUUCAACUGUCUACAUCAUCGAUACAGUUCGAAUGCUUGCCAAUGUUUGGCUUGAGUCGAAAGAUCUGUUUUCUGACAAACCACUCUCAGCGUACCUAUCGAUUCAGCUGGGAUGUUGUGCAUAAGCAUUUGCGAGUAGAACCGCAAACUGGUUUAGUGCGCCCAGGCGAGAAGAUCCUCUUGACCAUAUCACACCAUGCUGGGAACAGCGUCUUCGAAUUCACGGACACUUUGACAAUGGAGUUUGUAGACGAACUUCAGCGUUCUUACUACCAAGCGUGGCUUCCCAAAUUCCUCGCUAAUGUGAAAGAACGCUGCCUUAACUUUACAAUCACGCCUUCCAAUCCCGCUUUGAAUGGUGACAUAGCACAGGAUCUUCACGCUGUUGAAGCACUAGAGAAGUUGUACCGGGAGGCAUCAGAGAAUUCGACAAGCGAACAUAACAUACUACAAGUGGAAGAAGUUGUGCACAUGCUGAGAGUCAGACCAGAUGUUCAAAUACCGCCGCUGAUAAAACCACCGGAAAUUCAUGGCAUCCAUCUGACAUGCAGUGGUCAUGUCCUUGGUCAAGAACUUUUCAGAAAAGUUUACCCGGGACAAAUAGACAAUUUCGUGUUGACAACUUCGUUAACUUCCGAAACUUUUACAGCGGCACCAUCUGCUACAUACCCAGUUGAUGCAGCAAACUUAAACUGCGCCACAGCUGCCCUGGUUGAUCGAGUUGUGAAAUCGUUUUUGCAAGAUGAAGUUUUUGAAAAAGACAUUCUUGAAGUUUUGAAAUCUCCUGUUGACCUUUACUACAGCGAUUUUCUUGGACAAGAAGACGCUGGCGACGAACGGAAUCACGCAACGAGCCAGUUCUUUACCGAAGAACCUGGGAAUGACCAGCGGCCCUCUAAUGCAGUAGACGAAAGCAAGGAUGAUACGACUAUAAAAACGCACAAUACUGCCCAGUCAUAUCAAAUCCAUGAGUCUGAGGACGAAAGGCUCGACAUUAUUGCUGUUUCCCCAAGGACAUUUGCUCAUCGCCGAAAGGACCUUUCUAUAAACGAGCAGAAAAUGGCCAGUCCCGGAACAUUCGACAAUAUUUCAUCAGCGGAAGUCUUCCAGAAGCCGGAAUUCGCGCAAGUCUCCGACAAGGUCAUCCAUAACUUUGUCUGUAGUGUGCUCUGUGAUAUGGAAAAUUUCAGUGUGGAUACCUUUGGAAAGCCAAAUUUACUCACAUAAACUGAAGAUCAACCGUGCGAAUACCUUGGCUCAUAUAUUUAAUGCUCAUGUAUGUAAAAAAAAGUCCGUAAAAAAUCAUCUGAUCAUAAG